ACAAGGCUGUUGUGUAUUCCCUGACUUUCAAUUGCACACCGAUCAAGGCAGAGCAGUUUCAGCAAUACAUGAAGACAACAAGAAGAGCUGACUUAAACAGGCAAUUUCAACAACUUCAGCACAGCGUUGAACAGCGAUCAAAACAGGAAGCAAACGCAGUCAAAAAAAAUAAAGAACACUUGGCUAAAAAUCGAGCCAAUGCAGACAUACCAGGUGAUGAAAACCGACCACGACUCUACCUUGGGUUGGAAAGUGGAUCGUCCGAUUACAUCAAUGCUGUGUACAUACAAGGUUUCAAAGAAAAACGCCGAUUUUGGGUUGCACAGACUCCCUUGCCAGAGACCGUUAAUGCCUUUCUGACAUUGGUUGUCCAAGAAAAUUGUUCAUGUAUUGUCAGUUUUGAACCAGACAUGGACAAACAAAGGAAUGUUGGAAUAUACUACCCGGCGGAAAACAUGCAGGUGUUAAAGAAGGGGUCAUUUGAAGUCAGCUCUUCACGUGAAACAAGGAAAUCUCACUAUGCAAUGAGAAACUUUAAAAUACGUCAUACGGGGGCGACAGGUGUAAUAAGAGUACUAAUGUAGUAACAUUAUCAUCUUUCAUCUUUCAGUAUCUAUAUCAAUCGAUGACAAGGAAUAAGAAAAUGAAAUGCGAUCCAUAAGACAACGAAUGGAUAUAGUCGAUUUGA